AGAGUGUUUGCCGUCUUUAAUCUUUUUGAAUUGAAAGAAAUCUCGACGCCACUGGGAGGCUCUGCGUUUUUGUGCCGGCGUCGAUUUUUUAGUUCGAAAACGUAUGCGGUGCGGUGAAGACAAAGGAAUUGAUUUUCAAUUUUCAAUCGAAUGAAAUCUGUUGGAGGCAACGGCAACAACAAGCUCAGCACAAAGCUCGACAACCGCUGAAAAGGAUACAAAUUGAACAUUUUGGAGUCGCGGAAAUCAAUUAAAGUCGAGUAACUGGUACAAAAUAAUCCGAAGCAAAGGCAGUCAAAGUUGCAGAAAUGGGAAGAGAUCGACUGCCCGAGCUUUUGCAGCGCUCAUUGAGCACGAACUCGUCGAACUCGUCGUCGAACGGUUCACUGCUUUUAAACGUGUACAGUGGAACCACGGAGUUCAUCAUCAGCAACACCGGCGGUAACAAUAAUAGCUACAGUGUCGUCAGCCAAAACUCCCACAGUAGCAACAAUAACAACAGCAGCGAACCCAAGGAUCGAUCCAGCUCGAAGAUGUCGCAGUAUGGAUCGAAUGUGGACGACAUACUCAAUCCGUACACGGAGAUUCGCCAACAACUCGCACACAUAGCCGCCAAUUUGGAGGCGAUGAACCGCAUUGCCCAAACCAUCAAUCUGCGAACUUUCAACGAGAACGAGAUGGAUGAGCUGCACAACAAAAACCUGAGGCUGGGCAAUCAGCUAAUGACGCGAUUCAACGACUUCAAGGCGAAUCUGCCGGCGGAAAACGAUUACAGUUUGGAGGCAAGGAUGAAAAGAACCCUUUUCUAUGGACUCCACCAGACAUUCAUCAACCUCUGGCACAAAAACGAGCUAUUCCUGCAGAACUACGAGACCAAGGUCAAAAAAAAUCUGAGACUGCAUACAAAAAUCAUUAAUUCUGAAGCCAGCGAACAAGAAAUCGAGUUACUCAUCGAGAACAAGACAACCAAACUCUUUGUGGAUAAUUUUCUGCAAGAGACGGAGAAGGAGCGGCAGACACUGCGCGAAAUGAUGGAGCGAUUCAACGAGCUGCGCCGCCUGGAGAAGUCCAUCGAAGAGGUCCACGCCCUGUUCAUGCGCAUCCAGACCUUGGUGAUGGAGCAGAGCGAGGUGAUCCAGCGGGUGGAGUUCCACGCGCAGCAGGCCACGCUCUACGUGGACAAGGGUGCCGACGAGCUGGACCAGGCGGAGCAGCACCAAAAGAAGGCGCGCAAGAAAAAGAUAAUGCUCAUUGCGAUACUUGCUGCCGUUUUGUUAGUAUUACUCCUUGUUGGUAUUUAUUUGUGAUGCA